AUGGAAUUACAGGGAUUGAAUCCUAACACAGACAUCGCCGUGAAGAUCGGUGAAGAUCAGGAGGAACCAUCUCUUUUUUACCAGCUUACCUCCAAGCUUUCUACCGAUUUUGUCUUUGUAGCAUCACAAGACAAGGUGCUACGCACACGAGGAACAAUUUCCAAACGAUUUGUCUGCACUACAGCCAAUCCUGGUGCCUUGCCCCUACCGUUUGGCAAACAGAAAGGCUUGCGAAACCUCCUGGGGUAUGUGGUAGUCGAUCGAUCACAGAGGCUCCGCACCGGCGGAAACCUGGAACAUGGCCUACGAGUCCGGGCGUUGGCUCCACAAAUGCAGGCCUGGAACUGGAACAGAAGUCUAGAGGCGCCGUGCAUACUCUAG